AUGGAUUACGACAGCCCUGACCCAAUGAACGGUGCUUCAAGCAACGCCCUAAUUGCUAAGAUGAACUCAGCUAAACUACUAUAUCAACACUAUUUGGAUAAAGUCACUCCUCACGCCAAACAGAGAUGGGCUGUAUUAGGUGGUCUACUAUGUUUAUUUAUGGUGCGUAUUACAAUGGCUGAAGGUUGGUAUGUGAUUUGUUAUGGUUUGGGUUUAUUUUUAUUGAAUCAGUUUUUAGCCUUUUUGACACCAAAAUUCGAUAUGUCCUUGCAGCAAGAUGAAGAAAACAAUGAAUUAGAGGCUGGUGAAAAAUCAGAGGAAUUCCGUCCAUUUAUCAGAAGACUACCUGAAUUUAAGUUCUGGUACAACAGCAUUAGAGCCACCGUCAUUUCCUUAGUAUUAUCACUAUUCUCGAUCUUCGAUAUUCCCGUAUUUUGGCCAAUUCUACUAAUGUACUUCGUGCUGUUAUUCUUUUUAACCAUGAGAAGACAAAUUCAACACAUGAUGAAAUACAGAUACAUUCCUCUGGAUAUUGGUAAGAAGAAGUACUCACAUCCUUCUAACUGA